AUGACUAUUUCCAUCCUUCUGAUCCUGGUUCAUAAGACUCCAGGUGGCCUGUUCAGAUCCUACUAUGGCAAGAGCCAGGAACCUUGGAAUCCAUGCCAGCUUUACCAUGGCAUGUGCAGAAACGCCUGCAGAAAAUAUGAAGUUCAAUACUUAACCUGCCCCAAUGGUCAAAAGUGCUGCCUUAAAUUUUCUGUGAAAAUAGCUAUUUCUAACCACGGGAAGGAGGAUUCCAACUCUGACUUCAACUUGUCAGUUACAAACACUUAA